CUGUAAUCUGUCUUUUUUUAACUAUUUAUUUGUUUGAGGUAAACAGAGAAGGAAUUGUAUACACAAAUAGUUCUUUUCUGUCGCGAUUGUAGUGAAGUGAAGUGAGUAACAAAUAAAACACGAAAAACGAGCUAAAUAGCCGGGUGAUCGUACUAGGAGUGACAUCAAUACAAAUAUAAAAGGUUUAUUUAUAACUUCAAAAGUUGUUAUAAAUAUUGAUACCUUCAGUUUCAUGUUUCUUACAGUUUAAAAGUAAAGUUUUCGAAGAAAAUUUUCCCUUUUUCGUAGUGUUUGUAGGUGUAUGCGCAAAAUUGCAAUCGGAAAAUUCCAAUACCCUAUUUAAGCAAUAAGGCAAUAAGCACCUAAAAAAUGGCCGAAGAUUCAAAUUUACCGAUUCCUGAAAAUUUGAAUACGAAAAAUGGGAAUUUUAUUUGUGGAGUAGUAGAAGGUUUUUAUGGAAGACCAUGGACAACAGAACAAAGGAAAGAUUUAUUUCAAAAAAUGAAAAAAUGGGGCAUGAAUUCCUAUGUGUACGCUCCGAAAGACGACUACAAACACCGAGCCUACUGGAGAGAAUUGUACACUGUCGAAGAAGCAGAGCAUUUGACCGGAUUAAUCCAAGCAGCUAAAGAUCAAAACAUAGUUUUUUAUUACGCCCUAUCUCCUGGUUUAGACAUCACCUACAGCAGUUCGAAGGAAGUGGCCGCUCUGAAGAGGAAAUUAGAGCAAGUCUCGCAAUUUGGUUGCAAUGCAUUCGCCUUACUAUUUGACGAUAUCGAGCCGGAAAUGUCGGAAGCCGAUAAAGAAAUCUUCCAGUCGUUCGCCCAAGCCCAAGUUUCUAUUACUAACGACUGCUAUCAGCAUUUAGGCCAGCCCAAGUUUUUACUGUGUCCCACGCAGUAUUGUUCCACCCGAGCUGUGCCAAACGUAACGAAUUCUGAAUAUUUGAACACUUUAGGUUCAAAAUUAGCGCAAGAUAUUAAUAUUAUGUGGACAGGGCAAAAAGUAAUUUCGAGAAUACUGACGAAGGAAAAUAUUCAAGAAGUUACUGAUGCUUUACGUCGUCCGCCUGUUAUUUGGGACAAUUUACAUGCCAACGAUUACGACCAAAAGCGCGUAUUUUUAGGUCCAUACUCGGGUAGAUCGCCUGAUCUCAUACCCAAGUUAAGGGGCGUUUUAACUAAUCCGAAUUGUGAAUACGGGGCCAAUUUUGUAGCGAUUCACACCCUAGCCCAAUGGUCCAGAUGUAACGUCGAUGCUCAAAGGGAUCCUUCCAUAAAUGAUACGGUAUCUGCCGAUAUCAAAUUAGAGACUGAGACUGAAGACGGAUUGUCGGGUGAAGAUGUGCCAUCAACAUUGUCGCCAAACAUGUAUCAUCCUCGACAAGCAUUAAAAAACGCCAUAAAAGAAUGGUUGCCUGAGUUUUUCAAGCACAAAACAGCUUGGGGACCAAUCACAAAACCUCAACCUCAAGUAGCUAUUGUGCCUGUGCCUAUUAUACCUUCAAUCAAUACUUGUAUGAGUUUAACCUCAACUAGUACCACUACAUCUUCAAGCAAUACAUCGGUAGUAACUUCGAAUCAAUUGCAAGCUUUAGCAGAAGUUUGCAGCACGGUUUCUACUUGUAGCGAAAGUGCUGUUAAUCCCCUGCCAGGUCCCGUCAUGAAUUCCCUAGUAUCCCCUACAAAAGUCAUUUGUAACGAUUCUAUCCCUAAUCCAAUAACUACUGUACCCAUACCAGUACCUAUCCUUGCUUCUGAAAACAAAACUGUCACAAUGCUAAGCGGAACAAUCAUUAAGCAAGAAAAACAGAAAAUUAUCCAGCAAGCUACAGGUGACAGCCAGAUUGAAAACGCUAAUCUCAUCAAGGAUAAAGACGAAUCUACCAUGAAUACUGAUAAUAGCUUAAGUAACGAAUCCAGUUUAAGCCCAUCGGAACCCAUGGAUUGCAAUAGUACGCCUAACAUCUCGCCAGCCCACGGACUCAAAUGCACCAACGGAUCCAGCGAAGAUGUUGCAAUGAGCGAGAAUUCGACGUCUAGUGGCAGUAUGCAGAUUGAUGUUAACCAGAUGGUUGUAGAAAAUAAUGGCGAAAAUGACAGCAAACUACCGCAAUUAACUACUGAUGAUCUGGCCUUAUUAUGUGACUUAUUUUAUCUACCUUUCGAACACGGUGGUCAAGGAUUGCAAUUGCUUCAAGAGUUCAACUGGUUGAAAUCUAAUGCGCAUUUGGUUAUCGUUGCUAAUCAAAGGAAGGACAAAACUAGUCCAGAGGUUCAAGAAUGGUUUUUAAGAGCGGAAAAAAUAAAUGAGAUAUCGCAAGCGAUGAAUAGAUUAUACGAGCGCAUUUCCAAUUCUAAUAACAGAGAACUUCUGUAUGAUUUGUACGCAUACAUAUGGGAUAUGAGAGGCGUCAUUUCAUUGCUAAAUUCUUAUGUCAAAUGGUUAGCUGGCGGUCAUUUUCCUCCAUCGAUGCCUUCGUACACCCAGGGGACCUACACAUGGUUUUCCAAAGGAUGGAAAGAGACUUUCAUGAGCGGCGACCAGGAGCCAUGGGUAUUCAGAGGAGGUUUAACCGCAGACUUACAGCGACUCAUUCCUGUGGAUUCGGGUAAUGAUCUGUUUGUGUACAAAGUACCAGAGGUCCCCACCAACAAAGUGUUCACAAUUAGACCUUACCUGCCAUCGGACGAACAAACAGUUUACAAUGUUUGUCUUCGAACUUGCAAAGACGGCCUCGAAGAUCCCAUUCCAUAUCCUGACAAUCUCAAGGAUCUUCAAGCUGAUAGAUUAAUCGGACCUUAUAUUACUCUUCAUCCGGAAUUUUGUUUCGUGGUCGAAGACGAAUCGAAUAUCGUCGGAUACGCAUGCGCGGCGCCGGAUUAUAAGAAGUUCAGGGUGAAGCAGGAACUGGCUUGGAUACCAGAAAUGUGCGAGAAAUAUCCGAUCGAUUGCGCCAAAAAUCUCCACAAGUUCGCUCAAGAAUCAGCGGCGUAUUUCCAUAAUUUUAAGGAUGAAGUGUAUGUUAGCAGCCCUUCUCAUGCGUCUAGCAUGAUAUGUAGUUUAUUGCCAUCGGUUUUGGAUCAGUCAGUUGGUAAAAGACUUGUAACGUGUUUAUUAGCAGCGUUGAGAGCUAAUGGAUCGUUUGGUGUUCAUGUUGUAAUGAACACUUUUGAUAGUUAUACUCACGCUUUUUACGGAAAGUUGGGAUUCGUGGAAAAUACUCAAGAGGUUAUCAAAGGCAAAAUCGUAAUGGGAAGGACUUUUUGAUGAGAAUGUUCCAGAACUGAUUCUACAGUGAUCGACUGUUUCUUCAUAUUUGUUGCUUUAUUUAUUUAAGAUUCUAUCGACUAAAACAUAGAUAAUGAAAUUUGUUUUGUGAUUUUUAGUAUUAUACUCCCAAGUUAUAUUUUGUAACGGAUUUAUUUCAUCAGAAAAAAACUUUAUUGUACAUUAUAAUUUAUGUUUUAAUAAAAAAAGACUAUUUGAAGUUAAAAGGCGCGUUUCAUUCUAUAAGGUCACGUCGUUGAGCGAUUUCAAGCUCAUCAGUUUCUUCUGAAUGUCCA